CUUUCUGAAACGUCAUCGAUAUGCGCCGAGAAUUCUCGCCAGUAACUUUUUUCUAUUCAAACCACUGACUUGCACGUUUAAACCCACAAAUGUUUUAGAGAGAUUCCGUAACUUCUACAUGCACAAGUGAGUAGCAGUGGACCUCGUUCAGAAGUAGAGGGUUUCAUCAUUCUCAACAGGAACAAAAACGUUACUGAAACGUUAUUUGAACCAGAGCCAUUCCCUUUCUAGCAUACUCGCUCCUUCUUGCAAACAAUGACGGUUGGGCUUUAACGUUUUCGCUUCGAUAAUCAGUUUGGGAUAUGGUUGACGCUGAGAUGUCGAAUAUUACGACUGUAGACGACUUGUCCUCCAAGGAGCCAGGUGAGAAGAAGCAAGAUAGUGAGAAAAAGAAGAGAUCUCGAGUCAAACAGUUGCUGGCAGACGUGAAGAGACAAGUUGAAUUCUGGUUUGGUGAUGUAAAUCUUCACAAAGACAGAUAUUUGAAAAAUGUCAUCAUGCAAUCAAGAGAUGGCUAUGUUGAUAUCUCUCUCUUAACAACAUUCAACAGAAUGAAAAAGUUGACCACAGAUAGCAAGCUGAUCGCUAGAGCGCUCAGAAAUUCAGAAGUGGUAGAGGUGAAUCUUGAAGGAACACAGAUAAGAAGGAAACAGCGACUCGGGGACAGCCCGAGUGAUGUAGAUGACCGCACAAUAUAUGUUGAACUUCUACCAAAAGAUGUUACCCACAUGUGGAUAGAACGAGUGUUUAAUAAGUGUGGGAAUGUGGUGUACGUUAGUAUCCCCAGGUACAAGUCUACAGGUGAUUCCAAGGGCUUUGCCUUUGUGGAGUUUAAGACUCAAGCACAAGCACAGAAAGCCAUUGAGAUGCUGAACAACCCUCCAGAGGACGCCCCAAGAAAGGCGGGCAUUUUCCCCAAGACCUUGGCAAGAAAACCAAUUCCUUUUCAUACAGUCCAAGAUGGCACAAAAGAUGAGGAUGAAUGGAGAGGAGAAGAUGAUGAGGAUGGAAAGAAGAAGAAGAAAAAGAAAAAGAGACCACGCGGUGAGCAGAAAGAUGGUUUUGUAGAAGAAAUGGCAACCGAGAAGGUGACUGAUGAGGAGAACGCUGCUGAGACUGAAGCAGCCAGCAGGAAAAGAACACAGUCUUCAGAGGGCACUGAGAUGGAGAGCGUGACUGGCAUUAAAAAUUCGCAGAAGAAGGCAGAUAAGAAAAGACGCCGGUCACAUAGUUCUGAGCUGUCUGGGGGAGAAGGCCAAGUAGAGAAGCCUGCCAAAAUGAGGAAAGUGGAUGAGGAGGCGAGUGAUGUGAAGGAGAUAUCAUCUGAGAACAAUAAAGAAACGGAAAUGGAGGAUGGAAAAAAGGAUGAGAAAGAUGAUUCCAUAUUAAAGGCAAAGAGGAAGAGAAAGAAGAAAUAUAAGGAGAGACUGAAGAUUGAGGAAGAGGUUAUUCCUCUCAGAGUGCUCUCAAAGAAAGAGUGGUUGGAGCUGAAGAAGGAGUAUUUGACACUCCAGAGGCAGUGCAUGGCCAAUCUGAAGAAGAAUAUUUCUGAUCUUCAAAAAGUGUCAUCUGACAAUCUACACUCUUUUGAGGAUGGUGGGAAAACCGGGGGUGAUUGUAACCCUAAGAAAGAAACUCCUGAUGGGCCGAAGUUUGUGAGUGGAGUCAUCCUGAAAAUCACCCACAACCAGCCUUUGCCUAACAAAAAAACUGUCAAGGACACCCUGUCAGAGAUAUCCGCAGUGCAGUAUGUGGACAUUGUGGAGGGAGAUGCUGAGGGUUAUAUCCGCUUUAAGACUCCUGAGGAUGCCAAAGCGGUCAUCACAGCUCGUUCCGAACUGCAGAAAAAGCACAACUGGAAUCUGGACGUCCUGACAGGUGAUCAUGAACAAAGGUACUGGCAGAAGAUAUUGGUGGAUCGACAGGCUAAACUGAAUCGACCAAGGGACAAAAAGCGAGGCACAGAAAAGCUUAUUUCCAAGGCUGAGAAAAUCAUCAUCGCACGGACCAAAGAGGCAAAUAAGCACAUUCGUUUUGAUGAUUAACAACUUUUGUAACUACUUUUUUCCAUUUAAUUAACAUUAAAACAUUGAAUGUUUUAAAAUUGAUAUGGUAAAGGUAUACAAGACUCAGCUGUUCCAUGUAACUUUUUUUAGUGGUUACUGACAUGUAUGUAAAUAUGUGGGUGCAAAUUUUCAUGAAUGACUGUGAAUGUGUUUAGAUUACUGUGCAUUUUCUUUGUAAAGCAAUAGACCAUUUUUAAAAUAAAUUGUUUUCCAAGAUCUUUAAA